GCGCCAUGAGGCGAAGGUUUGAGGAUCAAACAGAUAGGUUGAGGAAACCUGUGCUCUGCGAGAACAGAGAAAAGAUAGAAACCAGGCAGUUAUUUAAGCUGGUACCAAGUUAGCCUGACCUAGCCUUUAUUGUUCUUUGUAAAAGCAGCCGCAGUCAUGAUGAACGGAGAGAUAAACGGUUUCCACAACUCCCUGAUCGAGGAGGACUGCUUCUUGUUCACCUCAGAGUCGGUGGGAGAAGGACAUCCCGACAAAAUCUGUGAUCAAAUCAGUGAUGCAAUCCUGGAUGCCCAUCUCAAGCAGGACCCCGAUGCUAAGAUCGCAUGUGAAACUGUUGCCAAGACCGGGAUGAUUCUGUUGGCGGGUGAAGUUACAUCCCAUGCGGUUGUGGACUACCAGAAAGUUGUCCGUGAGACCAUCCGCCAGAUCGGAUAUGAUGACUCCUCUAAAGGCUUCGACUACAAGACCUGCAACGUUCUUGUGGCCCUUGAGCAGCAGUCUCCCGACAUUGCUCAAGGUGUGCAUAUUGAUCGCAGUGAAGAGGAUGUUGGGGCAGGAGACCAGGGUUUGAUGUUCGGGUAUGCAACUGAUGAAACUGAUGAGUGCAUGCCUCUGACAAUCAUCCUUGCCCAUAAGCUGAAUGCAAAGAUGGCCGAACUUCGACGUAAUGGCACUCUUCCGUGGCUCCGCCCAGACUCAAAGACACAGGUUACUGUGCAGUACCGCCAGGAUCGUGGUGCUAUGCUCCCUGUGCGAGUGCAUACCAUUGUCAUUUCUGUCCAACACGAUGAGGAAAUCUGCCUGGAGGAGAUGAGGGAUGCCCUGAAGGAGAAGAUUAUCAAGGCCGUGGUUCCUUCGGUCUACCUGGAUGAUGACACCAUUUACCACCUGCAACCAAGUGGACGAUUUGUGAUUGGAGGGCCUCAGGGAGAUGCCGGCCUCACUGGACGUAAAAUCAUUGUCGACACCUAUGGAGGCUGGGGAGCCCAUGGAGGUGGUGCUUUCUCUGGAAAGGAUUACACGAAGGUGGACCGCUCUGCUGCCUAUGCUGCGCGCUGGGUGGCCAAGUCCCUGGUAAAGGCUGGACUAUGCCGAAGAGUGCUGGUGCAGGUGUCCUAUGCCAUUGGAGUUGCCCAUCCACUCUCCAUUUCUAUUUUCCACUACGGGACCUCCCAAAAGAGUGAGAGGGAACUGCUUGAUAUUGUGAGGAAGAACUUUGACCUCCGACCCGGAGUCAUUGUCAGGGAGCUGGAUCUGAAGAAACCCAUUUAUCAGAAGACUGCAGCCUAUGGCCACUUUGGCCGAGAUUCCUUCCCAUGGGAGGUGCCCAAAAAACUUAAAUACUAAACCUGUUAAGCUUUUCCCCCCAGGCUUGUUGGUGUAUACUACAGAGAAGCCUCCAAGGUUCCAGGGGUGAAAUGCACUUUUUUUUUCUUUCUCUCCCUCUCUCUCUCUCCCCCUUUCGCUCUCACACAUAAGACGCAUGACUCCCUGCUUCAUCUCCAUUAUUGUCUUGUUACCGUUUUCCGGUGGCUGCACAGUGGUGCAGGGUCCUAAGAGGCACACCUCAGAAACUUGACCUUUUAAAGGGUAGGGUGGGUUCCAUGAACUCAUCUAUCAGUGUUUUCUGGUCUUGAGAAUCUCAUGCUUUUGGUUGUGAUGGUUUUGUCCAGUAGCUGCAUUCACUCCAUUCUCCUUUGGCAUUCCAGUCUUGUUGGUAUCCCAAGUCUUCAAUGUGGUGUCAUUGUGGUAGCAUAUCUGGCAAUAUGCACUACCCUUAAAUUUAUGGUGCUACUGAAUGUAAAGAGUCUGUAUGAAAUCUAAACUUCUGGUCCAUUCAGAUGCCUAAACUGCUGGAGAGCCUUUGCUGACAUGAUUACACUUCAGUUCAGCCUUUUUUUAAUCAUUCCUCCUUUAGCAGUUGUAGACGCCUAUUGGAUGACCUGGUGGCUUUUUUCCUUUUACUCAUUUUAGUGCAGGAUGCUGGGAAAGCACAAUUAAAAUGAAAGGGUUGUUACUGUUUUCACUAAAAUGCUAUGAACUGCAGACUAAGGAGAAUGCCAACUCUUGAUAAUGAGCCCAAAGGAGCAUAGGGGCGCAAAUUCCCCUGCAGACCUCUGCUGUUUUCUGACGUAAUACAGAAAAGUCAGAAGCUGCUGUCACUGCUUUGGUCUGCACAGGGGUUGGAUAAACUUGAUUGGUAUUGGGACAGAUUUAUUUGUUUAUGCAUUGAGAUUAAAUUUUAUUAUUUUUAAGUAUCCCAUGUUUUUAUGGUAUAAAAGUGACUAUUCGUGGGCUCCUUGAGCUCUUUGAUGGCAGGUGUAGCUACAGAGAAACCUGUUUUCCAUCUUGAGCUUGAAGGGGCAUGGUCUUAUUGCUAGGAAAUACAAACCUCAACACUAUUUAUUUGUUCCCUGAAACUUGGCGUGGAUACAGAGAAGCUGAUGUUUCAGAAGGCAGCUUUAGACAGAAUUGUGAAUCCUUUUUGACUUGCUGACUUUCGGUGUUUGGCUUGAGGCCCCAGAGUGUUGUACAGAAAAGCUUUGGUCUGCCUCAAAGUGCCGUUGGCAACUGUAAGUGACUACCUUUUUUUUUUUUUUUUCCUGAAAUGCAGCAUUUCAAUUUUUUUUAGGUGGGUUAGUUUAGCAAUCUUGU